AUGAAGAGUAGACUCAUCCCAUUGCUCGAUAAUGUCUCUAAGCAUGGUGUUGAAAUCAACUUGCAUAAUAUAUUUAAAAGGUUUUCUUAUGAUAAUGUAUGUAACAUUAUCUUGGACUAUGACCCUAAAUUUCUCUCACUCGAUUUGGCACCUAUUCCACUCUUCCAAGCCGUGAUUGAUGUAGAAGAGGUGAUUUUUCGGCGUCAUGCUAUGCCAACAUCUAUGUGGAAAUUUCUAAGAUGGUUGGGUGUAGGAGAAGAGAAAUACCAAAAAGAUUGCCAGAUGCUUUACGAUUUCACUAACAAGGUCAUAGCUAUGAAGAGAGAAGAAAGGAAACUCGGUAACCCUAAAGAAGAAAGUGAGGUAAUAUUCCACGACUUAUUGACAAUUUAUUUGAAUGAUGUAGAAAAUCCCACUACUCCAAUAAAUAGCAGUAAUUGUGAUAAUUUUUUAAAAGACGCGAUUUUGAAUUUGUUAAUUGCUGGAGGAGAUACAAUUGGUGUUACUUUAUCUUGGUUAUUUUACCUUCUCACUAAGAACCCCCUUGUUACUAAUAAGAUUAGAGAGGAAUUGAAUGUUGUAAUGGUAAAAAGAGAUGAUGAAAAUAAUAAUGACGAUUUUUUAAGGAAGUUUACUAAGCACAAAAAUGAGCUAGUAUAUCUUCAUGGUGCAAUAUGUGAAACAUUAAGAUUAUAUCCUUUUGUGCCAUUCAACCACAAGAAUUCAGUUGAAUCGGACAUACUUCCCAGUGGUCAUCGAAUGAAGCCGGAUAUGCAAAUCCUCUUCAACAUGUAUGCCCAGGGAAGGAUGAAAUCAAUUUGGGGAGAUGAUUGUAACGAGUUUAAGCCCGAGAGAUGGAUAACGGAACGAGGAAACAUUAAGUUCGAGCCUUCGUACAAGUUUUCGGCAUUCGGGGCAGGGCCCAGGAUUUGUCAAGGAAAGGACAUGGCUUUAACCCAAAUAAAGAUUGUAGCAGCUGCCAUAAUCCGAAGGUAUGAUAUAGAAGUUGUCCAAGGACAUCAAGUUGUUCCUGAUGUCUCCCUUAAACUUCAAAUGAAGCAUGGUUUUAAGGCUAAAAUUGUUCGAUGUGAAUGUUGA